GGAACUUUACCAGCCAUUGAAGUUUUCUUUUCACCUGCCUCACAAACAAAUUACAUAGGAGCCCCAUAGCAGUUACGAAGUGGAGAGAAAAAUCAGGAACACACCUCAAGCAAACUACGUAACCUUAAAAAGGCUAGGACUAUUUUGAUGUUGCCGUGGACGCAAGGAUAAACAGAUCUAAAGGUGAAAACAGAUAAGAAUAGCCUGUUUUCCAGCUGCUUCACAAUUCAUAACUUGAGGGUGGAAUAGAGAAAUAGAAAAAAAACAAUUUCAGUUGCCUUUUAAUCUAUCAAAGAGCCACAAAUGACUUUCUAUAGCUACAACAAAAAGCAACUCGUGAGGAUGCACCGCCUGCUUUAAGAAGUACUUUUCAGAAGUCCAGUUGUGAAGUGAGUCCAACGCCAAACCCCUCAAUUCACACUCAAAGAUUGUUAGCUGAUUUUAGAAAAGACAAUUGUUGUUCUUUAAGUCAACACCUGCCGGUGCAAUUUUUUUCACAGGACAGGAAUUAAAAGAAAAACCAAACAAUUAGAAAACAUUAAGCACACCGAGGUAAACAUGAUUUAACAAUUAACAAAAAGCUUAAAAAACAAAUCGCGGUGGUAGAAUCGAAGCGAGCGUUUCCUCUCGCGAUUGCGUAGGAAUACUUAAAAGAAAACUUCUACAGCGGAUUUUUCACAAUAAGAUUUUCAAGUAAAGACAGACAUGUGUUUGCUUGCCUCAGAGAAGAAAAGCAAGUUCUUAUAAAGAUGUUCGCUUAUAACUACUCAUGCUAUUACUUCACUGAAUGGGUCCAGUACGGUCAGCUUACCUACUCUCAAUUCGCCGUCGUCGCUUUCCUAAAUGGCAUAACUAUUUUACCCGCCAUUAUUCUGAAUGGUUUAAUUCUUGUCUCGAUAUGGCGAACACCAGCGCUUCACACGCCAGCCAUGGCUUUGGUGUUCAACCUGGCCAUUUCCGAUUUCUUCGUAGGUUUUUUGGCACAGCCUGUGAUGAUGGCAUGGUUCGCAGUGGAGCUGAAAGCGACUGAGAUGCAAUCAACCUAUUGCUACAUGUCUAUAACCAUGAUCGUUUCCUCCACUUUUUUUUCGUGUUCCUCAUUCUUCGUGGUGACUGCAAUAGCUGUGGACAGGUUCUUGGCUUUGUAUUACCAUCUUCGUUACCCUACCAUCAUGACCAUGAGAAAAGCAGUUGCUGUAUCUCUAGUCACUUGGUUUGCCUCGCUUUUCGUCAUUGCUUUGCGAUUGACUGUGGGGACCAAGUACAGAGCGGUCUUCAGCGUGUUCAACAGCUCUCUCGUAGCUACAUGCGAGUUAGUUGUUCUCUUCAGCUAUUUCAAGAUCUAUAGAAUUCUAAGAAAACACCAAAAGCAAAUCCAUUCAGCGAAUAUUGGUUUAGAAUUAACACUCGCAAGUCCUGACUCAACAGAAGAAUCCAUUUCUCAGACAUCACUCACACAGCCACAGAAAAGUAUUCGACAGUACAGAAAAUCUAUUAUUAGUUCAUUCUACAUCUACUUUGCGUUUAUCCUAUGCUAUUUUCCCGCCAUCUGCGUUUUGAUUUACUACUCCGCCACCGAUGACCACCGCGUUUCGGCGUAUUUCACAAAGAUCGCAUUCUGUAUCCUUGUGAUUAACUCUGCCAUCAAUCCCGGGAUCUAUUGCUGGAAGAUGAGAGAGCUUCGUAACGCGGUCCGCCAAACUCUUAUAAGAUUGAGGGGGAUUACAGGGCUCAAAACACAGAGGAAAUUCUUUCCUAAACGCGCCGUUAAAGCUGCUUGGACAAUGUCUUAAAUGAUAAUCCCGACGGGUUCAUUAAUGGUUAUUGACAAUCAGGAGAGAACAAAAAGUAGCAAGGGACCUCUUCAAACUUUUUCUGUAAAAAUGCUUUAUGAUAAUGUCUUGAAAAAGGUUGUGGACGAAUUUUUUAGAUGGCAAUCCAGACAUUUACAUAAAUCAUCACAUCGAUAAUCAGGAAAGAAUCAAUGCUAGAAUAAGAGACUCUAAAAACCCGCCUCUUGCCUCCACAAUACUUUUAUUGUGAACCUGAAGGAUACAAAAAAUUACAAGGGAAUGUCCUAGAAAAAGUUGUCUGUGCAACAUAAAUAAACACAAGCUUGAAAUUGUAUGUGAAACCAGAGUCGUUUUUUUUGAUGGUUCGAGCGUUAGCUCUUCGUCGGAGCCAAGAGGAUGUUGAUUUGUUUCCCUGAUUAUGCUACGCCUACGCAGACCACCAUGUUAUUUUGGUCAGCUUGUGUAUAGUUUUUCUAGUCGUAUUAACGUCUUAUAGGGUAUCCCUGACGUAUACAUAACUCACAUUGACAAGCAGGAGAGAACCAAUGCUAAAAGAAAAAAAGACUCUGCGCCGUGCAAGUUAUCCUUGGGUAACCCUGACGUUACGUAAAUUACAUCGAUAAUCAGAAGGAUUUGCCUGGAGAAUGUCUAAGGGUAACCCUGACGUUACGUAAAUUACAUCGAUAACCAGAAGGAUUUGCCUGGAGAAUGUCUAAGGGUAACCCUGACGUUACGUAAAUUACAUCAAUAACCAGAAGGACUUGCCUGGAGAAUGUCUAAGGGUAACCCUGACGUUACGUAAAUUACAUCGAUUAUCAGAAGGACUUGCCUGGAGAAUGUCUAAGGGUAACCCUGACGUUACGUAAAUUACAUCGAUAAUCAGAAGGAUUUGCCUGGAGAAUGUCUAAGGGUAACCCUGACGUUACGUAAAUUACAUCGAUAAUCAGAAGGAUUUGCCUGGAGAAUCUCUAAGGGGUAACCCUGACGUUACGUAAAUUACAUAAUGUCUAAGGGUAACCCUGACGUUACGUAAAUUACAUCGAUAAUCAGAAGGAUUUGCCUGGAGAAUGUCUAAGGGUAACCCUGACGUUACGUAAAUUACAUCGAUAAUCAGAAGGAUUUGCCUGGAGAAUCUGUAAGGGGUAACCCUGACGUUACGUAAAUUACAUAAUGUCUAAGGGUAACCCUGACGUUACGUAAAUUACAUCGAUAAUCAGAAGGAUUUGCCUGGAGAAUGUCUAAGGGUAACCCUGACGUUACGUAAAUUACAUCGAUAAUCAGAAGGAUUUGCCUGGAGAAUGUCUUAGGGGGUGAUUCUAACGUGUAUAUAAAUUACAACGAUUGUAAGGAGAGAUUCAGGCCUCAAAAGAAAUAGGGAGGGGCGUAAAAAUAACCUUUCCGUACGAUGUUUAAGAGUAAGUACAGUGUGUGCAACGGGGGCUUAAAGCAGAGAUCCGACUUUCAACAGCUCUCUUUAAAAAACUCGCCCGGGUAAAGUCGUCUUACAUUGUAAACCUAACGUCUACACCAGUAACAUUGACAAUCAGGAGAGAACUAGGACUCACAAAACAUAGAACAAAGAGAUCGAAAAAGAUGCGUUUGCGCUUGGCAAUAAAUUCACAUGGAAUGGGAGAAGCAAGACAUUGUAGUCAGAGUAAGAUUAAAAUAAACUGAGGUCAUAAGAGUCUA